AUGCCAGAAAAGGAAAUCAUGAACAUGGUGGUAAGAAAGUUUAAUAUGAAGAAGAGAAAUAUUGCAACUAAUAUUGCAGGUUAUUCAGGAGGAGGAAAGAAGAGUUCAAAGAAUAACACUGUCAUAUGCUAUGAAUGUGGCAAGGAUGGUGAUAUAAAGUCGGAUUGUCCAGAAGUGAAAAACAGGCAGAAGGCUAACACUAGCGACAGUGAUUUUGAAAGCGAACCAAUUGAAGUUAAGUAUGACUUGCUACUAGAUGCCUUUCAAGAGAUACAUGCAGAAGCCAUGCGACUUCAGUACAAGCUGAAAAAGGAAUUAGAAACUGCUUUACAAUCUGCAAAAACUGUUAAAAGUGAAGUUAAGAUUGUAGAGAAGAAUUGUGAAAAUUGCCCUGUUCAUCAAGAGAAAAUUGAUUACUUAACAAGCACUAUAGCAAAACUUACUCAAGGAAAAGAUAAUCUAGAUGUUGUGUUAAGAUCUUCAGGGAGAGCAAUAAAUAGACAAGGCAUUGGUUAUAAAGCAAAUAGUAAUAGGAUUAAUCCUAAGAAGUUUAUUGAUCUGAGUAAACCUAUUACAAAUGCUUGUUUUUAUUGCAAUACUAUUGGUCAUAAUGUCAGAAAUUGCUAUUACAGAAAGGUUGGAGUUUCUAAAGGGAAGUAUAAGUGGAUUCCUAAUGAACAACCUCCUGCAACUCACAACAAAGGACCAAAGCUUGUUUGGGUACCUACUUCAAAACCAUUCAAUUUUUUGCAGGAAAAGAAGUCUGUCACCCAUACUUUCUCCGCAAACAUUAUGAUCUUUCCUCUUGGAUAUUCUGAAAUUCCUCUUCUACAUUAUGUAUCAAUGACAACCUCAUCAUCACAAAGGAAGAGAGUGAAAACACUUGGUAACAAAAAUAUGCGGCGAGCAUCAAAUCUGGAUAGAUGGAUUAGUGGCGAUAGUGCUCAAUCAAAUUUUUUGGAUAGCUGGAAGAUGAGAAAACUUAUCUUGCACAAGUACUUGAAACUAAGCUUCUUUCAAAAUGAAGGAUUUGUCUUUCAAAGUUGGCCAAGCAAACAGGGUCUGAAGAAGUUUGUUGAAAUGGAAGACCCAUGGUAUCCUAAGCUAGUAAGGGUCUUUUAUUCGAAUCUCAAGAUAAGUGAUGGAACACUAUGUUCCAGAGUGAAAGGUGUGUAUAUUAAGUUGACACAUGAGGUAUGGAAUAACAUUGCUAGUUAUCAUUUAAGAGGAGAAAAAUGCCAUCUCGGCAUGGAAGGUUUCCACAAAUUCACUGUAUAUCAAGACAAUUCAAGAAAUCCUGUUGAAAUGAGGGAUUACUCUCACUACAAGACUGGUGGAAUGAAGAAGGAUGACAGAGGAAGCAACAACACACAGGCCACAACAGAGGACUUGUACCUUCUGAAGGCAAUCAAAGAAAACAUUCAAGCUGAUUGGCCUGCUGCCAUAUCCGAGAAUAUGCUCAAGGUCACCAGACUUGAGUCAACAAUGCUUCCAUACCGUGUCUUCAUCUCAAAAGUAAUGAUCCACUUUGGGGUGGAGUGUGUGAAUGAAUCCAGUGAGUCUUAUGGUAGAACAAAUAUGAUUGAUAAAUCUACCUUACAUCGUAUGGGACUACAAGAUGGUCCUAAUGGCUGGCAAUUUAAGGAUGAACUUGCUGAUGAAGAUGAAGACGCUGCAGGAUCAUCAUCUGUUCCUUAUCGAUCACGUUCAGAAUUUGAGAAAUUCAUA